UGGAAAAUGUGUGGAAACGAAUAGUAAGUAUUCUAUGAUGAAAUAUUGUCUAUGAUAUGAUGAUACAGCACUUAUUAUUCCUUUGUUCAUUCUUGAAUUCCUGAAUUUCCAAAUAUUAACAUGGCGGAUGUGGGCGGAUGAUACGUGCGACAUGCAGAGUCAGAAAUAUAUUCGACACGUAGUGCUCGUAAUAGUUGUAUUGUGACUUGACGUCAUUCGUUAAAUUUAAUGAAAUCAUAAAUUAUUUAUUCCUAUCCAAAGACGCGUGUUUAAUAGCUCAUGCUACGUUUGAUCGUUUGAUGCACAUCUAGCGUUGCGCAUUUGAUUCACGUGGUGGAAGAACUGGAUGUGACCUGUUAUGGGAUACUUCCGAUUUGCUCCGGCUUAUUGGUGCCAUUAGGUAGAAGCGGCUUCGAGUAGUCAGAUGGCAAAUAAACGACGAAAUAUAGACGGAUUACGGUUGAGAAUCUCAUAGCCACACAGGUCUUCGAUGCCACGGGAAGAGUCCACCGUGCAGGCGAAUCGGAUCUACAUCUUGACUAUACGUCGUUCUCAUUAUCAUAGGAAAUGUUCCGUUUCUCAUACAUCACCGUCGUGAACAUUUAUUUUCCGUAAAAAAGGAUUUAAUUUUAAUCGAAUGUGAGUGAAUCUUGCUAUUUUCCAUCACAAAAAAAAAAAGAAAAAAACGAAAAAAAGGCUAAGCGAUUGAAGAAAAACCAAUGGUAGAUUGAGAGUCACUUGAAUAUUUCCCCGAGAGAUUCUGUUUGAAAUUUCGUUGCGUAAUUGUUAGAACGGUGAUUUGAACGUGAACAACGUAGAAACACCGUUGUUGAUCAAUCGAUCGGUUGCUGGUGAAUCAUAUCGAGACUUUGUGACAUAAUCAUGUAUGGACUACUGAACAUCAGGGAGUCAAGCGAAAGGUUCACGGGAAUCUUGCAAGUGUAAAUCGAAAUUCAUCGUCUCGGGUGAAGCGGAUUUUCUUGUUUAUCGAGUGCUGAAAGACGGGAAAAGGGACAAAAAGUGUUAGUUUUUUUAUUUUUAAGAUAUGGAAACUUCGUCCGAAUAUAUACAUGAGAGACAUCUUAGACGCGCGGGGACGCGCGCGAUGAAUCCAUGCUCGAUCCCAGGUCCACGCUCAAUACGAUGAAAAUGCUCUGAAACGCUAGCAACAUCAGCAAAAUGCCACGUAUAGACCCUUUAUCAUUACUCAAAUGCCUUAGCGUUUUAUUGGGUCCACUAGGAGGUAUUAAGAGUAAAGAAGAGGUUCAUCGAUUAGCUAGUUUAAUGACAAAAUUUUCUAAGAAGCUUGUUUCAAAAUGCAUUUAUAUACAAAUAUUGAAAACCACUAAUACGGAUUUACUUAGCCAAUUUAUGAGCGCUGGAGGAUGGAACCUCAUUCACACAUGGCUCACCGAUGGCAUUCUUGCCAAGAACUGGGCUCUUAUUCAAGAACUUCUCGAGCUUCUCUUGCUCUGUCCCGUAGAUAUUGAACGAUUAAAGAGUAACAAUUGCCCAAAGUUAAUCAAAGGUUUGUCGAAGGAGGGUAGUCACCAGGGUGUUCGGACAUUGGCUAGCCGACUUGUAGAGCAGUGGUUAAAAAUUGUAAAGGGAGAAGCGGCGCCAAAUUCGGUACCGGCUCAAAUCAUGACGGUUUCAGUACAAUCGAAUGCUACUGUAAGCCAAUCUGCAGCUGUUCCUUUGCAACAUCAGCAACAACAGCAGCAGUAUUCCACUAGUUCUAUUCAACAAACCGAGGCAACGGAAGGUACAACUCUUCUCGUGCAAGAUUUCAAGCUCGCGCAACAACCUACCACAAAUAUUUUAGUAAAUCAGCAAGAGCAAGAGAAGCAGCAACAACUGCAGGAAAGGUUACAGCCUCAAACGGUGCAAAUUGUCAGUAAAGCCCAGCAGGCGCAAGUCCAGCAGCAAGUAACGCAGCAACAAUGUAAAAAGCAAACGUUUGUUGUUGUACCGUCGUCGUCACUGCCUGUUUACAAGAUUACUAUUCGCGAUGGCAAUCAAGUCCUCGCCAAAGUAGAGACGGACGCUGCAAAUAUAAGUAAUGCCCUAAACAUAGCUAGCACAAGUACGGAAAUCAAUGGGACGGACGCUACACAGGAAGUGAAGCCAGAAGUGGAAGAAUUAGAUAGGACAGAAGAAAAUAACAGUGCAGCUGGUAGUCGAGACGACGCGAUAGAUGUUAUACAAUCGGACGAUUCUGGGCACAUUCCUAGUGAAGUGAAACAAACUGUAAUUAGUUCUAAAGACAAUCAAGAUUCCGAAAGUGUUAAGAGCAAAGACAUUAAAGACUCUAAAGACAUUGUUAGUAGUGAUAGCGGUAAAUCUAGUGAUAAAGAAAAUAAUAGGGACUCUCAUAAAAAAGACGAUAAAAGAUUCAGUAGUAGUUCCGAUAAAAAAAGUAGCAGCCAUCAUCAUGGCUCGUCUUCGUCUUCAUCUUCAUCAUCUAAAAGUUCGAAGCACAGCACGAGUUCCAGUACGCACCGCAGUAGUUCCACAUCUCAUAGAUCUAGUAGUCACCGCUCCAGUUCCAGUAGUUCUAAAACUUCUAGCUCUAGCAAAGAUAGGUCUUCCAAAGACAAGGAUAAGCAUCACUCUAGUUCAUCUAGUAAGCAUAGCUCAAGUAGAAGUAAAUCCGAACGAGACAAGGAACGAGAAAAAGAGAAGGAGAAGCAGAAAAAGGAUCAGGCGGAAAAGGACAAGGCGACGCUGGAAAAAGUGCAAGGCCAAGCAUUGAGUUCUAAGAUGGGCAAGAUACCGAAGAAGCGGACGGAAGAUGAGAAGUCGAGCGAUGCAAAUGGAAGAAAGUCUUCGACUGAAUCGCGUGAUGGUUCGAAGGAAAACAAAGAGAAAGCGGAUUCGAAGAAAGAUGCUGUUUCAACAAAACUCAUUGCCGAAAAGAAGAAUAUAUCUAUUUCCAUUGAAAAUAGGAAAAAUAAUCAGAAUAUAUCCAUUUCUAUUGAGAAUAGAAAAAAUAGUCAGGAUUCGGGGACACGACCGAAAACGGUGAAGACGUUCAAUUCGAAAUUCAGAUCCACAGGCUUAGAGGAAGAAGUAAAGCCACCACCACCCAGAUCGAAGAAGGCGAAUCCUGUUGUCGAUAAAAAGGUCCUGCCUCCAAAAUUGCCUUUGAAGAGGCCAUCGCCGUUGAGGGACACCGUUCUAAUGACUGAGAAACGUGUGAAGCUGUCACUGGACUCACCAACAACACCACCGAGCGAUGAGAAGAAGGGAGGGAUUAAACUGAUUCCACCAAAACCUAAACCGAUGAUGCUACAAGAAAGUGAUAUGUUUAUGGAUGCUUUGACUGCGUCUACUAAAAGCAAGGAGCCAAGGAAGCGAAAACGCAGAACUUCUAUCACGAAGGAUGGCUCUUCGGAAGCUAAGAAACAAGAAAUCGCUACCGCCGAUAAUCGCGAAAGCACACCACCACCUGCCUCACCCUCAAAUACCGAAGAGAAGUCAGUCGCCCUCAAACCAAAUUUCAAAUUCUAUCAAGAUACAUUGGAAAUUGAAGAGGACAAAGAUCAAAGAGAAAAAGAAAAUGAAGAAGAAUCAAAGAAGGAUAAAGAUCAAGCACUUGAUGAGGAGAAAGACAACAGAGAUGAUGAUGAUAUUGGAAGUAACACACCGACUCCCGAGGAAGAUGUAGAAGACUCGAAAGAUUUGGAAUCUCCAGAAGAUGCAUCUUCGGUAAUUUCGGAUUCAGCGAAGAAUCCUGAAAUACGAUAUGUAGAUGGACUUAAAAGUGUUUUGCUGCUUCAAAAACGUAAAGGCCCGAAAAAAGUUUUGAAGUGGAAGACAGAUCUAGAAUCCAUACGUUACUUUGAGUUGGAUGAAACAGAGAGAGUUAAUGUGACGAAAACAUUUACUGAUAUGAAGCAAAUGGAAAAACAAAACGAGAGAGAAGCAUUCCAAAUGGCGAGAAAAUUAAAUAAUGAAGAUUUAAUGGAGGAAAGAACGAGAUGGAAACCUUUAAUUCCAAUUGAUCUACCACCUCCAUUAGUGGAACCUGGCAAAGACAGCAAAGAGAAGGAUAUCCAAUACGCUCGCGAGAAGGGCAUUCUUCAAGCCCUUUACUUUAAUCGAAGCAUGAUUCCGGAUUCUGCAGCUGAACCCGAUGAAGAACGAAAUCAUGUGAUGACUGAUCCCAAAAUAAUACCGUUAGAUGAUCUUGCGGGUAAUAAAGAGAGUGAAAAAGAUUUCACAGCGAUACCAUGGCCGGAACCCAAGCCACAACCACCGCAACCGCCGACAGUAACGACGUUCCAUUAUCCGACGACUUAUCCGCACAAUCAACAAAGUAUGAUGACGACGAUGGGUCCUCAAUCAACAAUGGGCCCCAUGCCACAGAUGCCCCAACAGAUGAUGGCUCCCACACAUAUGACGCCCAUGUCUCAAGAAAUGACGGGACCAAUGCCAGCUACCGGUGGUGGCGGUUGGAGAACGGGCGAUGGCAAAGUCCUCGUACCGGACGUUAGUAUGAACCCGAUGGCAAACAUGUCGAGUGGUUUUAAUCCGGGAGUAGAGGGUGGACCCAUGGUACCGCCAGGAAUGAUGGGACCACCACCUAUGUACAAUCAAGAGGGUUACGGUAUGAUGUGCCCGGAUGAGAUGGGAUACAAUAACUUUCAAGGCCCGCCUGGACCUAUGUAUCCUGGUCCUGGGCCUAAUUUCCCGGGCCCGAGAGCUGCCCAUAUGCACAACAGAGGCAGAGGUGGUCCUGGUUGGGGAUACCGUGGACCUGUUAGAGGUGGUUGGAGAGGUGUUGGCGGCGGCGGUUGGCGAGGAAGUGGGAAACAGCCGCCAGUAUGUAGACAGUUUUCGAAAAAUGGUUAUUGCCGAGUCGGCGAUAAAUGCCAGUAUCUUCAUCCUGGUGUAAAUUGUCCGCCGUUUUAAGAAUGGAAUUGAAAAUGUGAUGUCGAUUGAAUUGAAUACUAAUGAGAUUGAAAGAUUAUCUCCAAUUGGAAAUUCUCCAAUAAUGGUGCAACAAAAGAAAACAGAGAUCUGGCAGUAUUGUAAUAAUGCAUUUUAAUGAUGCAUGGUAUCGAUGACUCUUUUUAGAGUGUCAUUGACAAUUCACUUGAAAUCCAUUCAAAUGUGCGAACAGAUGUAAAACAAAUACAAAAUACGUGAUAAUUAUCGAUGUGCAAUUUUUUGAAGAUAAGCAGAACAUGAUUGCCUGAAUAGAGUUUCUAUUUGAUAAUACUCGAUGUGUUCGAAGUAAUGUAAAUAUGACAUUUUAAUAGUUUAAAGUAUAUAGUUGUCGCGGCAUUCGAUAUGAUCGAUUAUAAAUGUAUUGUAAUAUUGAAUUCUAAUACUGAAUCUAUUGAAUUCAUGUCAAGCUCAUAUCGGCUGCUGGACAGCAGAAUAUCUUUCUAGACAGCUCAAAAACUUGGAAAGAUUGUUAAUGUAAUUUUUUUCUAUCCUCUUCAAUGUUCUUCUCAUGACUUCCAGAAUUAUGGACUUUGAGUGUAAAAUUUUUUUCUCUUUCUUUUUAUUAUCUCUUUCUUUCAUGUUCAUAUUUUUCAUAUGAGAUCAUUACCAAGAUUAUGAUUCUAUACUAUUUUUCUCAAGGACAUGUUUAAAAAAAUCGCAAAGAAAAUAGAGUUAUAUUAACAAUUAAGGCUUUCUAUAAACAAUCCUGAAAUUUUAUCCAAACCUGAGUCAUAUAGUAUAUAUUGCUCCUCGUUUUGCGCUUUAAAUAAUAGAAUUUUAGGAUAUAGAGCGAUGUUGAUAAUAAUAAUAUUCGACAAUUUCUAAUGAAACAGAAGUUUCAAUAUGAUAAGAUCAUAUUUUGAAGCAUGGUACUACAUCCCAUUAAAGACUCAAAAUGUCUAUCAAAAGAAAGAUAAGGACAAAUUCAUACUUUUUAUCGUAAUAUUGUGUAGAUUUCUUGUAAAUAUGUUUGCAUAAUAUAUAAACAUAGAUUAUUCUUUAAUAAUUAGACUAUUAAGUUUAGUUAUAUACAAUGAUAAGAACAGAAUGAUAAUAUUUAAUGGGAAUCAUAUGUAUAAUAUCCAUUUAGGUAGAAAUUAUAAACGAUCUGAUGUUAUUUCAACCAAUUUUCCCAAGUUUAAUGUACAAAAUCAUGUAACAAUUCUUUAUAAUUUGAAUCAUCAUGGUAGUUGAAUUGUACGUUUUUUACUCUACAAGAUAAUUGAUUACAUCUUUUUGUAUAUGAUUGAUCGUUAUGUUUGUAUAUAACAUGUUGUAUAAGCGUUGCUUGAUAAAAAUACACCAGUCAUCAUUAUUUUUAAAAAAAA